GGCCACCGACCACCUCACAAAGCGGCGACCGUUCGCGCGAGGCCGAGUGGGGCGGGGCGGGGCCGACCCCUUCCCGCUGCGAGUGUGGUCCCCCGCGUGCUCCCUCCCCGCGCCCAGGGCGGCCGGCAGGGGGCGCUGCGCCACGGGGCCGGGCCGUCGGCGGUGGCAGCGAGGCGGCGCGUGGCCCGCAGGCGGCGCUGCCCGGCUCGGCCUCGGCCUCGGCCUGCGCGGCGGCGGCGGCGGCGGCGGCGGCGGCAGUAGCGGCGGCGGCCUGGGCCCGGGCGCGGCGGCGGCAGUGGGGCCUGGAGCCGGAUCUAAGAUGGCAGCGGCGGCGGCGACGGCGGGGCCGGGCGCGGGCAUUAUGGUGACGGCGGGCGCCGGCGUCGUGGGGCCCUGCGCGACUGUGUCGGUGUUCUCCGGCACCCGCCUCCUCACCAUUGGCGACGCGAACGGCGAGAUCCAGCGGCACGCGGAGCAUCAGGCGCUGCGCCUCGAAGUGCGCGCCGGCCCGGAGUCGGCGGGCAUCGCCCUCUUCAGCCAUGAAGAUAUAUGUGUAUUCAAGUGCUCGGUGUCCCGUGAGACGGAGUGCAGCCGCGUGGGCAAGCAGUCUUUCAUCAUCACCCUGGGCUGCAACAGCGUCCUCAUCCAGUUCGCUACACCCAAUGAUUUCUGUUCCUUCUACAACAUCCUGAAAUCCUGCCGGGGCCAUACCCUGGAACGGUCGGUGUUCAGCGAGCGGACGGAAGAGUCCUCUGCCGUGCAGUAUUUCCAGUUUUAUGGCUACCUGUCCCAGCAGCAGAACAUGAUGCAGGACUAUGUGCGGACAGGCACCUACCAGCGUGCGAUACUGCAGAACCACACGGACUUCAAGGACAAGAUUGUUCUUGAUGUUGGCUGUGGCUCUGGAAUCCUGUCAUUUUUUGCCGCCCAAGCUGGAGCCAGGAAGAUCUACGCGGUGGAGGCCAGCACCAUGGCUCAGCACGCCGAGGUCUUGGUGAAGAGUAACAACCUCACCGACCGCAUCGUGGUCAUCCCCGGGAAGGUAGAAGAGGUCUCGCUCCCUGAGCAGGUGGAUAUCAUUGUCUCGGAGCCCAUGGGCUACAUGCUCUUCAAUGAGCGCAUGCUCGAGAGCUACCUCCACGCCAAGAAGUACCUGAGGCCUGGUGGAAACAUGUUCCCUACCAUUGGUGAUGUCCACCUCGCGCCCUUCACGGAUGAACAGCUCUACAUGGAGCAGUUCACUAAGGCCAACUUCUGGUACCAGCCAUCUUUCCAUGGAGUGGACCUGUCAGCCCUCCGAGGUGCCGCUGUGGAUGAGUAUUUCCGGCAGCCUGUAGUGGACACAUUUGACAUCCGGAUCCUGAUGGCCAAGUCUGUCAAGUACACGGUGAACUUCUUAGAAGCCAAAGAAGGGGAUUUGCACAGGAUAGAAAUCCCAUUCAAAUUUCACAUGCUGCAUUCCGGGCUGGUUCACGGUCUGGCUUUCUGGUUUGACGUCGCAUUCAUUGGCUCCAUAAUGACUGUGUGGUUGUCCACGGCCCCGACGGAGCCCCUGACCCACUGGUACCAGGUCCGGUGCCUGUUCCAGUCACCACUGUUUGCCAAGGCUGGGGACACGCUCUCAGGGACAUGUCUGCUUAUUGCCAACAAAAGACAGAGCUAUGACAUCAGUAUUGUGGCCCAGGUAGACCAGACGGGCUCCAAAUCCAGUAACCUCCUGGAUCUGAAAAACCCCUUCUUCAGAUACACAGGCACGACACCCUCACCCCCACCUGGCUCCCACUACACAUCCCCCUCAGAGAACAUGUGGAACACAGGCAGCACCUACAACCUCAGCAGUGGGAUGACCGUGACUGGGAUGCCAACUGCCUACGACCUGAGCAGUGUUAUCUCUGGCGGCUCCAGUGUGGGCCACAACAAUCUGAUUCCUUUAGCCAACACGGGGAUUGUCAAUCACACCCACUCCCGGAUGGGCUCCAUAAUGAGCACAGGGAUUGUCCAAGGGUCCUCCGGCACCCAAGGCGGCAGUGGCGGAGGCUCCAGCGCCCACUAUGCAGUCAACAGCCAGUUCACCAUGGGCGGCCCUGCCAUCUCCAUGGCCUCACCCAUGUCCAUCCCAACCAACACCAUGCACUACGGGAGCUAGGCCCCUCCAGUGGGGAAUGGACUGACAGCACCAGGAAACCAAAUGAAGACCCUGCCCACCCAUCCCUCUGCCCGGGCGGCUUUCACCCUGUACUGGAGAAGCCCAAACACCAGUCACAGUCCUCUUUGCUAUGGGAACUUGGACACUUUUUUACACAACAUUGCUGCCGCCGCUCCCACCCCACCAUCCACCACAUCUUGGCUCUGAGCGCGUGUCGCUGCCAUAUUUUACACAAGAUCAUGUUGUGGGAGCCCUGUUCCCCCCUCCUGCCCUCUCCAUCCUGACCUGGACUUAACAUCUAAUGGAACAGGCGUGUCCAGGCCUGACAGCUGCAGGCCCUGCUGGCAGGUGGCAGGGAGCAACUAGCCCCGCCCAGUUCCCUGGCGCCUGCCCUCCCUUGCCUAUCUCCAGUGGGAAGGCAGUCCUAGCUAGAUGGGGCCUCCCCUUCAACUACCAGGCGUUGGUCACAAUGGGCGUGACAUGCUGCUUUUUUUAAUUUUAUUUUUUUACAAAAAGAACCAGUGUCAAUCCACAGACCCUCUGAAAAAACCAGGCCGGCCGGGCCGAGCCAGCAGCCCCUGUCCCCAGCUCAGAGGCUCGGUGGUGAGGGGUGGCCCUGCCAGGUCUUCAGGACAAGGUGGGGCCAGGCUUGUGUAGCCCCACAGGCCCCUCUCACAAAAGGGUUCACCUCACACUUGAAUGUACAACCCACCCCAGCUGUUGGGAAGGCCCUCCGUCCAGCCCCUGCCUCUUGCUGCUGUCCUGUCCCUGAGCCUGUCUGGGUCCCCCUGCCAAGAGCUAGAAUAGGAGGCCUGUGGGCCUGGAGGGGAGGAGGGUCCCUGUCAGCCACUGGGGCAGACACAGAGAAACCUCAAGGACAUGUCAUGGAAGGCGUCCUUUCUCCUUGUAGCUGACAUUAGGCCUGUGUAUUUCCCUCCGUAUUUGUAGAUGCUCCAGUCCCUACUAUGAUGAUGGCAUUUUGGUCCCUUCUCAGUCUGGGAAGGGGCCUUGCAGGGAUAUUUCCCUCAAAAAAAAAAAAAAAAAAGAAAAAACAAAAUAAACAA